AUGAAGUGUACAUAUGAUGUGUUGAACUCUGUAUGGGUUCUUCCAGAUGGUACCCAAGCAGGUGUUGGUGCGGUGAGUAAUCAAGAAUCUGACCCACACCAUAGUGGAGGUGAACCGGACAAUGCGCAAGUUCAAGGUGAAGAUCCAGACGAAUUUUUGCGCCAUGUACAUCUUGAUGUUGAUGGUUCGAAGGGUUUUGAGGACGGUGAUGACGUUAGCGGAAGUGGAGAAGAUGAUGACAACGCUACCGGAGCUGGAAGAGAUGAUGGAGCUGCAGAAGAUGAUGACGACGCUAUGGAACCUGGAGACAUUGAUGUAGCUGCAGCAGACGAUGACGAUGCUACCAGAACUGGAACAGAUGAUGACGACGAUGCAUAA